AUGAGUUCUGAUCAACGAGAACACCUUCAGAUCCAUCAAACUCGUCGAUUACCAGAUUUUCUCCAAACCGUAAAUCUCAAAUAUGUCAAACUAGGUUACCAUUACCUAAUCACACACCUCUUAACUCUCUGUUUAAUCCCUCUAAUGUCCAUUAUCAUUGUCCAAGUUUCACAAAUGAACCCUCAAGACAUUCACCAUCUCUGGCUUCACCUCAAAUACAAUCUCGUCUGUGUCAUUACUUGCUCCGCUAUUCUCGUUUUCGGAUCCACCGUUUACAUCAUGACCCGACCCAGAUCCAUUUACCUAGUCGACUACUCUUGUUACAAACCCCCUUCCAAUCUCACCGUUAAAUUCACCAAGUUCAUCCAACACUCCAAACUCAAAGGCGAUUUCGAUGAAUCUUCGUUAGAGUUUCAGCGCAAGAUUCUAGAACGUUCUGGUCUCGGUGAAGAAACCUACCUCCCUGAAGCUAUGCAUAAGAUUCCACCAACACCUAACAUGGUUUCUGCGAGAGAAGAAGCUGAACAGGUUAUGUAUGGUGCUCUUGAUAAUCUUUUCGCUAAUACAAAGAUUAAGCCUAAAGAAAUUGGUAUACUUGUUGUUAAUUGUAGUUUGUUUAAUCCAACGCCUUCACUCUCGGCUAUGAUUGUUAACAAGUAUAAACUAAGGGGGAAUAUAAGGAGUUUCAAUUUAGGUGGUAUGGGUUGUAGUGCUGGUGUUAUAGCUAUUGAUCUUGCGAAAGAUAUGCUUCAGGUUCAUAGAAACACUUAUGCUGUUGUUGUUAGUACUGAGAAUAUUACUCAGAAUUGGUAUUUCGGGAAUAAGAAAUCUAUGUUAAUACCUAAUUGUUUGUUUCGUGUCGGUGGUGCCGCGGUUCUGCUUUCGAACAAAGGCUGCGAUAAAAGAAGAGCUAAGUAUAAGCUUGUUCAUGUUGUGAGAACUCAUAAAGGUGCUGAUGAUAAAGCGUUUAAGUGUGUGUAUCAAGAACAAGACGAUGUUGGUAAAACCGGUGUUUCUUUGUCUAAAGAUCUUAUGGCUAUUGCCGGUGGAGCGCUUAAGACUAAUAUAACAACUUUGGGUCCGCUUGUUUUACCAGUCAGUGAACAGCUUUUGUUUUUUACUACCUUGGUUGUUAAGAAGCUUUUUAAUGCGAAAACGAAGCCUUAUAUACCUGAUUUUAAACUUGCUUUUGAGCAUUUUUGUAUACAUGCUGGUGGAAGAGCUGUGAUCGAUGAGCUUGAGAAGAAUUUACAGCUUUUGCCUAAUCAUGUUGAGGCGUCGAGAAUGACUUUGCAUAGAUUUGGGAACACUUCAUCAAGUUCAAUUUGGUAUGAAUUGGCUUAUAUAGAAGCCAAAGGGAGGAUGAGAAAAGGUAACAGAAUUUGGCAGAUUGCAUUUGGGAGUGGUUUUAAGUGUAACAGUGCAGUGUGGCAGGCGAUGAAACAUGUGAAAGCUUCACCUAUGAAUCCAUGGGAAGAUUGCAUUGAUAGGUAUCCAGUUGAGAUUGUUACAUAG